UGUCAUCGGACCUAUAGGCUUCAUAUCAAAGUUGUAUGCCGGUGUGCAAAGAUGGCUUUUUAAAUAAAUUUUAAACCUAAAGUUUUAUCGAAAUAUGACAAGUACUAGUGGAUUUUGUGAUAUUGUGACAAAUUAAAUUUGAAGCAAUCCUCGAGCAAUAUGAAUUUUAUUAAGCUGCUCCUCGUGUUUGUGAUGAUAGACGAAAGUUUUGGGAAUGGUUAUUGCAAUUUGGAAGAAUGUAAUUGUUAUAUUGACGAUGCCAAAUUUGUGGUGGAUUGUUCUGAAAUGCAAUUGAAAGAGAUACCUAAUGAUAUUCCUAAAGAAGCGCAGAUUUUAAUCAUGACAAAUAAUAAUAUCCAAGAACUGUCUGGAGAACUGAAAUCAUUAGAAAAUCUAGAAGAAUUACAUUUAUCCGGCAACAGAAUCCGUAAAAUAUCACGUGAUGCCAUCGCAAAUUUGACGAACCUGAAAAAGAUUAUUUUAUCCAGAAACAAUUUAACUAGCUUGACAGAUAUUCAUGCGAGUGAGUUGUUUAUUUUAGCAAAACAUUUAAUCGAAAUCGAUUUAUCACAAAAUCCGAUUACUUUAGACAGAGACUACGAACGUAUGUUUAUACACAAUCAACAGUUGCAGAUAUUGAAUUUGAGUCAUUGCCAAAUUCAAAGUUUGACACAUCCUAAGUUUUUGAAAUAUAUGCCAAAUUUACAAGUUUUAGACUUGAGUUUUAAUCCUUUAAAUUUAAUUACGAAUAUGCAAUCCAGUUCCUUAGUUCAGCUUGAGGUUAGUCAUUGUCAAUUAGGAUUUUUUGAUGGAAAUUCAUUUAAUCAUUUAACUGGACUGAUGAAACUAAAUAUAGCUUGGAAUCCAAGAUUAUAUUUUUCUCGGCGUUAUCCUCUUUUGAAAUUAGAAUCUCUUAAAGAACUAGAUAUUUCGUUUUGUAAUGUAAAUAAAUUAAGACUAGAAGCAUUUCCAAAACUUGUCAAUUUAAAAGCUCGUGGAAAUAUGGUCAACGAAUUAAACGAAGAAAGUUUUGAAAAAAAUCAUUUAUUAGAGUAUAUUAAUUUGUCGGGAAACGGGAUAGCGAGCGUUGCAAAGAAUACGUUUGUUUUAUUAGACGAAUUAAGAAUGAUAGAUUUGUCGUGGAAUGUUUUGUCAUCUUUAAAUCCUAAUACAUUUGCUGCAAAUAAACAACUCACAAGCAUUAAUCUAUCACGAAAUCAUUUGAAUAGAUUAGAUUCUUUCGUUUCUAAAUCAAUCGAUACUUUGGACUUAAGUUGGUGUGAAAUUCAACAUAUAAGCAAUGAUGCUUUUGUCAGAUUGCCGGAAUUAAUAGACUUAAAUCUGUCUCAUAAUUUAAUAAGUGAGAUACCUGAACGAUUGCAAGCAUCGAAACUUCAAAAAUUAGAUCUCACCUUCUGUCGACUCAAAACCUUAAGAAAUGAAACAUUACAAGGGAUGCCUUUCUUGUCAACUUUAUUACUUGGUGGUAAUAGAAUGACGACACCUUUUCAUGAAAGUUAUUUCUCUGGUAACCAUGCACUUAAAGAGAUAGAUUUAUCAGACAAUCCAUGGCGUUGUGAAUGCAUGUCCGAAAGUUUUAAAAAUCUUUUCAAAUACUUACGUCCAAGAGUGGAUGACAUUCGUGCUUUGAAGUGCGAGUCGCCAAAUGUAGUUGCUGGUAAAUCUUGGUCAAGCGCUUGUGGAACUGUUUGGAACCCUAAUUUACUACCUGUGUCCAAGGCCGAUAAAUUUUGGAUGUUUUUAAUAGUAAUACUUCUGAGUUUUGUAGGCACAAUGUGUGUUGUGAUGGUUAUUCGUAGAACGAUAAAGGCCCGAGCCGAAGCUGCUAGACGGGAAGAAGAACGAGUGGCUGAAGAAGCCCGGGAGCGCCAGAGGCAGCAAAGGCUUCUCGAGCGCGAGGCCAUGCGCAACGCGCCUGACCCGCGGGACUUAGUGUCACCGCCGUGCUACGAAGAAGCUCUACUUUUACCACGCUUAGACGGAACUUUUGCCUCUUUAGGACACUUGCCAUCGGGUAGCAGAGAUUUACAGAAUAAAAUGGGAAAAAAUAGAGCAAAGAGUGAAGCUAAUGUAUCGAAAAUAGCGCAACGCGGCAGGAAUUUAGCACCUUUGACAAUAACCGUGCAUCAGGAGCACCCUACGCAAAGUGCAACGGAAUUAGCCACUAAUGUUAACAAUAGCGAAUCGAGUUCUUCGACAGCUAGGAAUAGUGAUGCAACCAUGAACGAGGCAAAUGUAAAUUCUCAACAAACUGAAACUCCUAUUACAAGAAUUAUCCCGAGUUCACCCCCGCCGAAGUAUAGUGAGCGGAAUCCUAUUCCGGUUGAAGUCAAUGUAACGGUAGAAGCCCCCGAAGGCCCGACAGAAUCUACAAAUAAUGAACGAGUUCGCAGGGAGAGCGAUCUGUGAUUAUACUCUGAAAAUAUUUAGACAUGAUGCGAAUCGGUUGCUUUAGUCAAUCCAAAAACCAGUGAAGUUCCAUGCAUGAAGUGACUCUAUCUAUGAUUGCAACACAAAUAUACGUUGAAGUUUGUUAUGAAAUUCAGAUGGUGCUUGCAAACAUAUAAAACUGUUAAUUUUAAAUCAGAGUCUAAAAACACAAUGCACUUUUGGACAUUUAACGCUAAAUUAAUGUUUGAAAGCAUAUACUUAAAAUAAUUGAUAAUUCCAAUUCAAAAUUUUUAUUUUACUGCUAACGAAACUUCGUUUCAUGAUCUUUUCCAG